GCCGGUUUGAACUCGCCGUCUGACAUUCAGCAGUAGCUUGCAACUCUUUAUUUCUCCAUCCUGCUGCUCUUUGGUGGCCAUCCGGAGGAGAUCCUAUUUCUUUAACAGCAGAUCCGGACAUCAGUUUGAACAAGAUUGCUUACUAACAUGGAUGACAGCAAACAGACCUGCUCUCCCGAGGGAUCUGUAGACCCCUCUCUCGUGUCAGAAGAUGGUAAAAAUGUGAAAGCAGUGUUGUGCCAGAGAUGUGGCUCCAAAGUGCUGUGCCCAGGCAUGGCACUGUUUGCAGAAAAGGAGCUUUUUCUGCCUGCAAUGAAAAAGAAAACCUCCAUUGGUCAAUCAGACGUGACGUUGGAUGGGGACACAUUGACAGCUCACUGGCUGGUUGAUGACAUGUACACAUUUGAGAAUGUGGGCUUUACAAAAGAUGUAGGCAAAGUGAAGUUCCUUAUUUGUGCAGAUUGUGAGAUCGGACCCAUUGGUUGGCAUUGCCUGGAUGACAAGAAGAGCUUCUAUGUGGCAUUGGACAGGGUGAACCACGAAUAGAGCACGUAC